AUGUCCCCCAGCAUAACCUCACCACGUCCCUCCACCCCCGAAACCCAACACCAACAGCUUAAACCACCACCAUCCACCAACAUCCUCCUCAACCACCACUCUCUCCUAACCACCACUCCGGAAGCCUUCAAAUUCCACGCCGCCGCCUCCCUCCAACUCCGCCUCAACCCAACAAUCCCCAAUAAUCCAUCCAUAAUACCGCCAUCAGACACCAACCUCAUUAUUUCCCCCUACAACACCCCCCAUCACCUUCUUGACCUCCAGACCCUCGACCCAGCCACCCAACUCCUCGCCAAAGCCCUGACCCUAUUCCACCCCAUCCGCCCCGACUACGCCACCGCGCCCUACACCGAGUCCUUCAACUGGGACAGUGUCUUUGCGUUCCUGCGAAAUCAGGCGAAAAGUGAAGGGUAUACUUGGGGUAGGAGGCACGAAAAUAUAUUCUAUGUGGUGGUGUUUCGGUCGACAUUGAAGGCCGAUGCAGAUGGGGAGAAGUUGCAUGUGUUGGAUGAGAUGUCGUUACGAGAGGCGGUGGCGGGGGGUGGGUUGCUGAAGUAUUGGUUUGGGAAUGUAGAUGGGGAGAGGAGGGGGUUGGCUACUUGUGUAUGGCGCAGUCGAGAAGAUGCCAGGAAAGGAGGGUUGGGACCGUGGCAUCGACGAGCACGUGGGGCGGCGAGGGAAAUGUAUGAACGAAUUGAGUUUACGACGUUGAAGUUAGUGGUGGGGGAGGAUGAGGAAGGGAAUUGGGGAUGGGAGUUUGGGGAGUGGGUGGAUGAAUAA